AUGUUAAUAUUUUUUGCGGCAUCUGACAGUUUUAGUUUCUUCGUGGAUCGUUGGGUAAGAUCCUGUUUAACAAACUGUACUCUCUUGUUUCCGUAUUUCAAUUUAUCUGGCUGCAAACUCUCCCCAUUUGGCUUAUAUAGCUAAAGUAUCUGAAACUUGAAUAAAGUUUAUUAUUAUUAUUAUUUUAUUAUUAUUGCGGCGGAUCUUUUUACUGCAUGCACUAUUUGGUAUCAAUAAGACGACAUUGAAUAAACAAAAUGUUUUUUAAUUAGUCUUUUUUAAUAAACCUUGAAAAGUGUAUCACAUCAUGUGGAAUGUUGAACGUUGUUGAACUGGAAUAGUUAUGAAGCUGGGUUCUUUUCCGCUGUUCAACGCAGCUUGCAAAAAACUUAAGUCUUUCAGUGAACAACAUUGCUCUAUGGGUAAAUCGAAGUCGCGACGAUCGCCAUUGAUGAAACGAUGACUUUAGAGAUUAAAGCGACGAUCGCAUUGCCAUUCCGAUCGAGUUUGACAACUCAAGUCGUGCGAUGAAGCCAAAGAAAUCUGCCAAAUUAUACAUGAGAAAUUUUCCUGUUUCAAAAUCGUUUCGUAAACUCAAAUUUUCCCUUUAAUCAUAAACCACCAGAAAGCACAAUUCUUUGUUGAAACUGUUAUCACUUUUUUAGUAGUAGUAUGAAAAAAAACCAUGAUCGAUGUUUAAAUGGGCUGUAUCUUUCCUAGUCCCUGUCGUUAGCACAGUUUUUCCAUCUCUUUGAAUAUCUCAAAUGACUCGAUUCAAAGUAAGCUCCUACAAACUAAACAGCAUUUCAACACAAAUUUAUCGCUCAUUUUUUCAAAGGCAUUUAAUAUAUCAAUUUUGUCCAGCGAUAAUAGUCAAUUGCAUUUUGUGGUUAAGCGAAUAAAUGCAUUGAAAAAAUAGAUCUUGUCUUACGUAUAAGUAAAAAGCGUGUAUUAAAAGUAAGAAAACAAAAUUCGCCGCAACAUAGCUUUUAUUGGUCAGAUAUUCUAAUUUUCUGCAGAGAAUCGCGUUUUAUGAACCAUUGAUUACUUACGUUUUUCUUGGAAGUGGAACCUCACCAGUGGGCUAACUUGGGUAAUUGACCAGUUACUUUGACAGGUGCAGCAGAAAAUGGACAGUGAACAAUCCCUUGACAUUCUCAGCUUUAUUCUGCACAUUUAACUUGCGGUGGCAGAUGGGAAGUACUCGCGCCCACCGUUUUUUUUAAGUAUUCCAAUUCAUAGGGUAUGAAGAUGGUUCCAUCACCAAAUGACGUUUUUUAAGAUUGAAAAGAUACUAAACAGUUUCUACGUCACAAAACAACAGUGAACCCAGUGACAAUGUGGCAAAAUAUAAAGAAACACCUUGCAUAACUGAGAUUUUUUUUAAAAAAAGGUGGAUCACAUGAUCCUAAAAUCUUUGAAAGACUCUCUUUGGGUACUGCGGUCUUGACAAUAACGAGAUUAAGCAUCAUCAAACAGAAACCUGACAUGCGUAUUAGGGCCGAUCGGUUUCAAAGCGAGGUUUUUACUCAAUGAGAAAUCUGAGAAACUGAGAACUACUUUGGAUUUGCUGUUGUUCGAUACAUUAGUAAUCGUAUAGUCAACUCUGCCAUUCACCGUUUGUCGUAAACUUCCAGUAGAAAAAAAAAAUGAUUGCGGGAAUAGAUUAAAUAGGUAAAAAAAAUGCAGAAUAGAUUAGAAAUUGCAAGAAAAAAUAACUUUUACUACUGGUUGUAUUUAGCAAGGCUUCACAGCAGUGUAAUUUAUUCAUUUCAUCUGUGAAACUUUCUUCAGUCGUUCUUUCACUCUGGUAUUUAGCUUUAAAAAACAUACACCGAAAAACAGUCAUUGGCCCGCUUGCGGCUAAUAUAUCUAUUCUUCCCGUUGUUAUUCAAAUGUAAUAAGAUCAUAACGUCUAAACUUUUAAAGCUCAGACCAAAAAGAAGUAAAAAACGGGUGCGCAAACACAACUGAAACUGAAAACGAGAAAGCAAGCAUGUAAAGCUGUUUUUAUCCACUGAUAGGCGAAUCAAAUCGUAACACUAACUGCGACUGUGAACUUGUUUGCUUACAGUUAUGCCUACAACCUGGAUGCAAGCAGGCCACGAGCCUGCUGAAAAAAAAAUGACUGGCUGUGAUAAGGUUAUACAUAUUCGAUUUCUUUAUUGACAAAGAAAUACUGAAUAAAUUGCCAAAGUUAUAAACAUUUACAGAUGUAUGUGACCGCCCACUACUACUUCGGAGCUGUAGCAGGGGCACCCAACGGCAAUUUUCGGAAAAUAUCUUUUCGGAAGACGAUUUGAGAUCUAGAAUUUUCGGAACAUUUGUUGUAAAAUUUCUUGCUUGCCUGCCUCUCCUAGGAUUUUCGAACAUCUACAAAAUGGUAUAAUCACCCAUUUUUAACGGAUUUUUACCCUAAAAAAGGCCACCUAGAAUUUUCGGGAGCAUUUUCCUGGCUGAAAUUUUCGAAAAGGUAACUUUUGAUCCCUAUAAUUUUCGGAUAACUAGACUUUCAGCUAGGAAAUCCGAACAGAUGAAAAGUUUUCAGGGGAUAAAAGUAUGCCUAUAUCUACCGUUUAAAUACUAAAAUACGUUCAACAAUGAUAUGUUAAGUGGUUUUGAACUAUAUCCUCGUUGGGUGCCCCUGCUGUAGGUAAGAACUGCUGCAUGCUCUCGAUGCUGAUUGGCGUAACUGAAAUCCAAAUAGCUCCUUCCACGGUUGUUUUCAACAACUUGUUUUCGGUAACUUUGUGAUGGGUGGCGGCGAGGCUAUAUCUUCAUUUAUACUACUACAUGAGAAAUUUCUACAAUUGGAUUGGCUUAGAGCAGUGGUAUUUCAGCUUAAUUUGAAAUACCUACAUGUAAAAAUUACAAACCUUUUGCGGGUAGUAGUAUAAACAAAUAAUAGCAUGAUUUGUACCUGAUAUUUGGCGUAAAUACCACUCGUGAUAUUUCGUCUCAAAUAUAACAAUUUCGAAAUAUCACUCGUGGUAUUUAUGCCAAAUAUCACACUACAAAUCAUGCUAUUACCUAUACUAAUUUUCAACAAGUCACGAGGCAGCCUGGCCAAGUGGUCAGCGCGUCGGACUCGCAAUCCGGCGGUCCCGGGUUCGAGUCCCCCUCUGGCCACUUGCUGGAUUUGUGCUCGGUCGUCCCGAGUUCAAAUUCUCAGCCACGCUUGUAAAUAGUCAACUGGUUGCCUUCUGCCAGUUGGGGUUUUUAAAUCCUGUUAUGUUGUAUUUGAUUUAUUUGUUUCUAAAUAUUUGAGUGGAGUGCCUGUAAAUUAGCUGGACAAGCUAAGUGCACCUUCCACUAUAAACAUGCCUUUAACCUUUUUAACGUUCAAACUUGGAAUCUUAACUUAUUGUAAUACGUUUUUUAAGCUGGUUUGACGGAUUUUUCACUAACUGGUCCCAGUCAAAAGUUGAAAUCCGUGGAAGGGUCUCAGUGGUGGAUCCAGACCUUCCCCCCCCUGCUCCCCUCUGGAUCCGCCACGGGUGGUCUAUUCACUAUCCAGACAAGGAUAGUGAAUAGACCACCACAUUUUAUUGUUUUCCCUCCUCCCCCACCUUACACAUUACCGACAUUACAUCGACAACACAUCGAGCCCACAUCGAACGCACAUCGACCCUACAUUGACUCCACUUCGACCCAACAUUGACCCGACAUCGACGCCACACUCUCCUUUUAUUUUAACACAUUUCCGUGAAUAGUGAAGCUAUAUACCUCUUCCACUGCCACAUUUUUAUUUUUGUUUCCCGCCACUGCCACCACCACUCCGCCAAGUUUGUGUUGUUUUCUCCCCACCACCACCACCACCAGAAAGACAACCACAUUUCUUUUGUUUUUCCUCCACUAACUCCACCACCACCAACAAAUUUCCAUUGUUUUCUCACCACCACCACCGCCACCGCCACCGCCACCGCAAUGCACAUUUCUAUUGUUUUUCUGUCAGACAGGUUAUUUAGAUGGCCCGUGAGUUCUUUCCUUCAUCUUUUACCUGAUUUUGGUUAUUUUGGUUAGUUUGGCAGAAAAACAAUAGAAAAGUGACGGUGGUGGUGGUGAGAAAACAAUGGAAAUGUAACACUGAUGAAAGAAGUGGUGGUGGAGGGAAAACAAUGGCAAUAUAGUGGUGGUGGUGGAGGGAGACCAAUGUCAAUAUAGUAGUGGUGGUGGAGGGCAAAGAAUGGCAUUAUAGUGGUGGUGGUGGAGGGAAAACAAUGGCAAUAUAGUGACGGUGGUGGAGGGGAAAAAAGUAAUGUGGUGGUAAUAAUGGUGGUGGUGGUAGUAGCAGUGGAGGGAAAACAAAAGAAAUGUGGUGGUGGUGGUAUAUACCUUUAUUAUUUACGAAGUUGAGUUGAAAUGAAAAAUGAGUGUGGGGUCGAUGUAGGGUUAGGGUUAGGGCGUUGAUGUAUCCCUCUGCAAUUUAAUGGGAGUUCUCCGCAAAAAAGAGUAGCCAGUGCACCAGGAAGACUUUUCAAGAGGCCGGCGAGGAUGUCAUCACCAAGAUAAGAACACUUGGCGUGACUGAAACUCGAAAUGCUGAGACAGGGUUGCAAUUAAGAAGUUUGAGUCCCAACUAUACCUUCCAAACUGAUGCAAAAGAAUUAGUACUACGAUCGAUAGUGGCGUUUUAGAACGAAAAAGACGCAAUAAGAGACCGGUUCGUCCCACGGAAGGUGAAAUUCUGAGCACGGCGGGCAGUGAGAUACUGUGAGUGGCAUCAAAAUCUAUAAGAUACUGCAACACCUAUGAAAAACAAUAGCAUCUAAAAUAUGAAAGAAUGUAAAUAUAUCAAGUUAUUCAAUUGUGAACUGGGGUUAUGAAAAACGGAAGAUAAUGCGAUCUUUCCAGUGCUUUUUUUUUUUUUUUUCAAUUUUCACCGUUGAUAACGAACAUAACAAAACUGAUCCGCAAAUGACCAAGUGAGCUGUAGUCUCAGCGAUGAAGAGAGUGGGCUGAACUGUUAUUAUACAGUCAAAAUAUUUCUCAUUUUCUGAUUGGCUCAAAUCCCGCGGCUAAUUCCUUCAUAACCAGCUAGCGUUGACCAAAUUUGGAAGACGUUUGCGAUAUGUGGAAGAUGACGACAAUAAUACAGCAUAAAUGCCAGGAAAAUGGACAGCAACCGAGAAGCCCUGGGACGAGGUAGAAAAUGGCGGGGCAUUUCACACGUUUUGCAAAGAAGAAAUAGGUGAGCUAUUUGUUAUUUUUUUUUUAUUUAAAUCAAUAUUUAACAAGGGGCAUCCAGUUUAGCAGUGCUAGUUUAAAUGGAGCCCUGACUCAAACAAAAACAACUAGACAUUAAAAACUUAAAAGAGACUGGACAAUUCAUUAAGUUAUCCGUGAGUACAGGUAUUAUUGUCUAAGAUGGCGUUUGAGGUUAAUCUUAAAUCCACAGAGCAAUAGAAAACAGACAUUGCAUGCCUAAAAACAUUACAUAAACAGCAGGAAAACAACUCGGCAGACAUCACUUUAUCUCUUGAACUUGCCGAGAAAGAGGCAAAUGAAGAUGGCAAUUUAACAUCGAUUACCGUCCAAACGUUUCAAGGUAUUUCAAAUCUUACUAUUUCAGCUGAUCUUUACGGACUUUUCGCUUCCUAAGAAUCUCUUGAUUAUUGGAGAAGCCACGGGUCAUCAUGUUCUCAUUCAAAAACACUCUCUCUGAACAUUACAAGACCUUACAACUUUCAUAUAUCUCAACAUAUUUAGGCAAUCUCCAAAACACAAUAGUUGAUAUUAAUUUAUUCAGAAGUUAAUACUUACUUUAACUCUUGGACUAAAUUUUUUUCACCAAAGCUCAAAAAUUUAGCCUUCAAUCGUCAAAGCUACCCUCCCAUUAAGACCCUCUUGAACCGCGUCCCAAUGAACAGCAAGCAGGUCCUUGAAGUCAGGUCUGUUUGUUUAUUCCAUACUUCAAACGUGCAUUGACAAGUGGGAAACACCCUCGCCCACGAUUUACUUCUGUAUUCAAAAUGGAAGCGUAUUAAUGUUGGUUUGAUACCCAAAUGACGUUGGUCAGGAUUAAAAAGACAUUAAACAGUUUCCACAACGGAAACCGACACAACCGUGGCUUCAGCAACAAUUAUUUCAAUAUGUCAAAGGCAAACGGAAGAAACUUGGUGUAUGUACACAUGAGAGGACGAGCGCCUCUCUUCGCUGGUACUCAGGUUUUUACUCUUCUCCUCAAAAACCAUGUUCACGGUUUAAAAUUCCAAUUCCGGGCGCCAAAGUGGACAAAAAUGCGUUUUGGAAAUUUUCCUCUUCUAGGUUAUCAAACUCGAGCUUUUUAGUCCUCGAUUUAUAAAAUUUUAUAAAAUAUUUGUGCUGCUUAUUGUCGUAAUUUCCACUGUAAACUUUACAGUUGCUGGCUUUCUGUAGGCGCCAGUUUUUCUUGGGUCAUAAAACUGUAUUGGCAGACGUUUCAGUUUUAUGAAAAGCAAGCUGAACUGUUUGCACUGGAAAUAGACUGAAAUAAAAGCGAAUGAAAUCAGUGCAUGGAGUGACAGCUGUCCGUUUUUGUGAACCAAAAGCCACAUGUUACAUCGAAGAAAAAAUGUAACAGUGAAACUGAUUAUUAAGUCGCUUAAAGGAAUCUAAAAAAACAUCAUGCUAUAUACGAUUUGGGUGCCUAAUUUUCAGUUAACAGUGACAUAAAUAUAUAAUCCCUGUGGCAUUAAUGAUACUAAUUUAAAAAUAAUUUUAUUUUAUUGUGCUAUUUUCAUGUCGUAAUGAUAAGCUUACACAAAUACGUCAUGUUUCGUAUGGAUGAUUUUAAAAAAGAGGAAACCUAGUCUGAGAAUGAAAUUCAAUAAAAAUUAAACGGAGAAAUCGACUAAACCAAGCUUGCGCAUCACAUCAAUAAAUACGAAUGCAAAUGCGUUCACCUUCUUGCUUACUUUUUAAAUUUGUUUCAGCUGUGUGCACACCCUCUUUUUUUUGUUACAAGGUAUCAAAUCUAGAUUGUCUGUUCUUAUUACUGUUGAGUAGUAACGGGAUAAAUUUAUAUUUUAACAACAAGCAGUCCACCGUAUGCUUUGGUUAAGUUUUCAUCGUGUUCUUCAAAGAAGGACCGCUAAAGACAGUUUUACAGGUAAAAAGAAUACUCUGCAGAGCCUUUAAAGCCUUGCACUUUCCAAAGCUAAAAAGGAUCAGUGAUGUUUAAUACAUUAUGAAUUUUUUAGUUCUUGUAAGUUUUUUUGGUAGAGAGACAAGGCAUCAAUUCUACGGCAAAUGGUGAAUGACAGGUUUAUAGGAACAUGUGGUCACUGAUGUAGCCGACAACAUUAGAUAAAAAACCAUUUCUGAUCAGUUUUUUCAUAAGGUAAAAAUAUCCAUCCAGGCGUUGAAAACGGCACAUGUACGUCACGUUUCCUCCGUUUGACGCAAAUCGGACACUUGAUCUCUAUAAAGGCUUCAAUACCUAAAGAGAGUCUUUCAGGGAUUGUAGGGUAACCUACUGAUCCGACAAUUUCCUGAACUCUGUUAUAUUCUUUGUUUGAAGAAUUGUUACCGGGUUAGCUAUCUAAUUGUUUUUAGUUUCAAAACUGUUUAGUGUCUUUUCAGUCUUGAGUGUAGAACAUCAUUUGAUGUGGGUAAUAUUCUAAGCACGUUUUCAUUUUGAAAAAAAAAAAAAAAAUCCCGUCUUCCACUGCAAGCUAGAUGCAUAGAAUAUAAAGCUAAGCACUUCUAGGGACUGUUCAAUUCAUUGUUACUCCUGUCAAAGUAACUCCUAUAUCACUGGUUUUCUUGUUGGACGCACUUCAAAGACGUAAGUAGUAAGAAACGGUCUUUCAUAAACUUUGCGAUAGCGCACUUUUAUUUUCUGGACGAAAUAACAAAAUUUACUUAGCUAUAGCUGUCCUUCGAUGAUUUUCAUUUUGCAGUGCUGUUUAUUUUGUACUUGCCGGCUGUUUAUUUUGUACUUUUAAGUAAGUCUCCAUUUAUUGAAGCAUUUAUUAAUAACCGCUAGACCAUCCUUCUGCAUGUCGUUUUUCUCUAUCUGUUUUAAGGACAGCGCUGCUUGACGGAAUUUACUCUAGCACUGUACUGGGGCCAUCAAAAUUGGAUUGGGUAUUUCAUCUCUGUUUGUUAUCGUUGCCAAAUUUUUGUACCGAGAAUUGUACUCCAGACCUAUCUUUAAGAAGAUGGUCUUUACUAUUCAGUAAAGCAUUUCAAAUUAUAGCCGUUUGGGAUAUUCGAAAGGUAAAAAAAUCGUUUUUACUGCUUGAGCCCGGAAUAUUUUAUCUCAUUUAAAAGCAAAGUUGGGUGCAUAUUGGUGCAGUAAAACGUAAAAUAAUAAAAAAAUAAAUUGAAAAUAAUAUACGGUAUAAAUAUACACGUCUGUAUCUAUUAAAAAGCGAGACCUGAGAAAUUUGAUGUAGACUUCGUUUAAUUCUUUUUCUUAGUAUAGCAGCUGUCUUGGACCUCCAUCAGCUACCCGACUGGGCAAAAUUCAGCAUCUUUUCGUUAUUACGCAACGUUGCUUUGAGUUACAUAAUAACGAAAAGAUACUGUACCUAGUUAGGAAAAUGGCUCAUGUGAGUCUUUGCUUUGAUGAAUGGUUCUACUUAUUUUUAAUUUGACUUUUACAAUUACUUUUUUUAAAUUGAAUAAUGAUUAGUGGUCGAAUAUCCAGAAAGUGGUCCUCCGUCUGCCAUAUUGCGAAUCGAAUUGGAACAGAAACAUAUCCUUCUGGAAUAAAAAUGGCUAUAUUUAGAGGGAACGAAACACACGGCUUUGAGGGUAAAAAAAUUGACUGUAAUAAUUACAUUAAAAAUAAACUGUGGCAGCACAAAGUUAACCAUAGUUGAGAUAAUUAUUGAUCGAGCUGUAAUGAAAGACACCAAAUUUGCCUUUUACACGUUUAGUCGACGGGAACGUUUCCUUUUUGGCUAGUGCCCUGUAAGAUACCAAAAUUUACAGAGUGUUUUUUUUAUUUUUUCUCAAAAAUAAUUUUGAAAAAGAUCAAUUGGCCAUGCUAUUAUUUGAACUUCUAUAUCGUGUAAUACUCCAUCACGUCCUAUGCAGGCCUUAAAGGUAGCCAUUUCUAAAUCCGAGUUAUUCGUAUCUAAUUUUAAUUGGCUGGUUUUGUAAUUCUUUAACUGGUAGAAAAACUAACAAAAGCACUUUCGUUUUUCUAAGUUAGGAGGCAGGUGAUUCUUUAAAAAAGGAAAAUAGUUUUUUCAUCCAAAUUCCCUCCUUUAGAUUCAACUGUUAAAUUGAAUUUAAAAAUGCUUUGCAGAAAAACUGACAGAAAAGUUGUUUUUUCUUUAUGUACAAGUGUUCCUUCAUAAACUCAAAUCCGUUUGCAAAACGUUUUCUUUUUCUAUUCGAGUUCUUUCUAGAUAAUUUGAAGUAGCAGAUUUCUUAAUUCUCUCUGUUUAAAAACUGACUCGUAACCAACAAGCAGCUGUUUCUUGAAAGAAUGCAAAUCCAUAUGUUAGCCUUUUUGUGUUUCUAUAUAGGUCUACUUUUUAGAUUAUUUAGACAUUUGUUUUUACUAACGCUUAUAAAACUGAAACCGGGAUGUAGUGAUUUCUUUCACUUUUAAUAAACGGCGAUACUUGAAAUCUGAAGAAACAUUUCGAGACUAAAGAAUAUUUCUCCUGUAUCAUGUGUAUGGUUUAAUUCGAAAAAAAAUGUUUAAGUCGUUUCUUUCUAACAUUCAAACGCUGCAACAGCAGAUUUUCUGAAAAAUCAUCCUUAAAAAAUGAUCUUAAAUCCACGGCGCAACUCAUGAUAACGGAAUGUAAAACGAAGGUCUACAUGCCUGAAAAACUGACGAAUAAAAUCAGGAGAAGUGACGUUGCUGUGUUGCUAUGGAAGCGUCAACUGUACAAAACCCCAUUCAAUUUUAUCUUCAGUCUAGCUACACCCUUAAAUAAGUGUUGAGAGCUCCAUGAUUGUAAAAGAAGGGCCAAGCACCUUUCUCAGUGUGAUGUUGUUUUCUGUCAAAAAAAAAGUUAAAAGGUUUAGAAAUUGGGUAUAGCACAAGUACAGUUACCUAAAAAAUAAACGGUCAAAAUAAACUGACCUCACUGUGCUCGCUUAGAACAGAUGAAAUUUCAAAUUGAAAAUAAUUUAAUGAAAAUGCUUUCUUUUAACAGGUUGACAUGUAUAACGAAACAUCGUGCCUUCUUUCCACUGCGACUUGGAAUAAAUCAUCUUUUAACAAUGAUACAGAAACAACUGGUCCCACCAUCUACGUCUUUACGCCUGCUCCAUACGCAGCAAAACACAUCCUCUGCAUCCUCCUGGCUUUUCUUGGCGGAACUGGAUUUGUAGGUUGCUGUCUCAUCUUUUACUUUUUGGGGAAAAAGCCCAAAACAAAUGCACUAAAGGCACACUCCUUUGCGAAGAAUCUAACCAUGUAUGUAAGAAGUCUUUGUCUGUCAGACCUGCUUUCUUGUGCGGUAUCCUUGCCUCUUGUCGGUUUGCAGAUGUCGUUAGAUGUGUUCCAAAGUGGGUGGGUUUGUAAGAUAGUUCGAUACCUAAACUUCGUCUUUCCUGUCAUCACGAUGAACAUUCUAGUAGUGAUAAGUCUCGAGAAGUAUUUGUCAACUCGCCCUAUCCCACGAACAUUUCGUGUCUCGACAGUGCGGAAAAUGAUUAUAGCAGCAUGGUUAUUAGGAAUUCUUGUGAUGCUGUUUCCCUCAGCCACGUACGAUGGAAUACGAGUCGACCUUAACGACACUCAUUACACUGUCAUAUGCCGAUAUGUUGAGUUUUUCUAUCCGUUCAAAAUAACACUUAUUCUCUUCCCAAUACAAUUCGUAUUUCCCACUGUAUUCAUCAUAUACGUCAAUGUAUCUUUAAUAAGAACUGUAUGGGUGAAGCGUAAAAGACAACUUUCUUGUAAUAUGAACAAUGCGUUCAAGGCUCAUUUGAGAGCCACAAGAAUCAAAGGAAUAUCUCUUCUUAUAGCCCUGACAUUCGCCUUUAUUUUUCCCUUCUCUCUCUUUGUACUCAAUGCAGCUUAUACACAGAUUGCUAAACCACAACGUGAUUUCUCAACUGACUAUAUGAUACGUUAUGGCACUGGCAGUAUAGCAUUUCUAAACCCUUUGUUAAACUUCAUAAUUUACUUCGCUCAGAUGAAAGACUUUCGUGAAUUUUUAAGG